AUGCAUGAAUCCAUCUAUCUAUCUAUCUAUCUAUCUAUCUAUCUAUCUGUGUUCGUGUUAAUAUGCGUUUACGCAUGCAGACAUCCUUCUGUUCUUUCCUUUGUCUUUCUUUCUUUUCUUUUUUUUUCUCUUUCUUUCUUUUUCUUUUCUUUCUGUUUAUUCAUAUCUAUAUCUGUUCAUUAUCUAUCUAUCUAUCUAUAUAUAUAUCUAUCUAUCUAUCUAUCUAUCUAUCUAUCUAUAAAGUUAUUUCAUUUUCUUGUAAUCUUCUAUUUUUCUAUCUAUCUAUCUAUCUAUCUAUCUAUCUAUCUAUCUAUCUAUCUAUCUAUCUAUCUAUCUAUCUAUCUAUCUAUCUGUUUACCCUUCUUCUUUGUCGCUGCGCAUGCCUUCCGACGGGGAGCCCGCAAAUGCCCGUGGAUCCGUCUACCGGCAGUCGUGUACUCCACCCAUGCCUGCACCAGUGUGAUGCCCAUAAUCUACCAUAUUAUAACUUACAAUUUCGAUAACUUCGCCGACUCACGCCUUUAUUUAAUAUGUGAAAAAUUAUAUUGUUAUGUUUUUAUCUAUCUAUCUAUCUAUCUAUCUAUCUAUCUAUCUAUCUAUCUAGCUGUCAUUCUUUUAAUAUCAAUUACAAUCUGUUCAUAUCUAUCUAUUUAUCUUUUAAUAUUUAUUACAUUCCGUUCUUAUCUAUCUAUCUAUCUAUCUAUCUAUCUAUCUAUCUAUCUAUCUAUCUAUAAAUCUGUCUGUCUUAAUUUAAUAAUCUAUCUAUCUAUCUAUCUAUCUAUCUAUCUAUCUAUCUAUCUAUCUAUCUAUCUAUCUAUAUUUGUGUGUGUGUAUGUAUGUGGGAAUUUAGUGUAG